AUGGCCCCCUCGGCCUGGGCCAUCUGCUGCAUGCUGGGGGGACUCUUGCUCCUCGGGGGCAGCCCCAGCCCCGGCCCCAGCGUGCCUCGCCUGCGGCUCUCCUACCGAGAUCUCCUGUCUGCCAACCGUUCUGCUGUCUUUCUGGGUCCCCGGGGCUCCCUGGACCUUCGGGCCAUGUACCUGGAUGAGUACCGGGACCGCCUUUUUCUGGGGGGCCGUGAUGCCAUCUACUCUCUGCGGCUGGAUCAGUCAUGGCCGGAUCCCCGGGAGGUCCUGUGGCCACCACAGCCAGGACAGAAGGAGGAGUGUGUUCACAAGGGAAGAGAUCCUUUGGUGGAGUGCGCCAAUUUUGUGCGGGUCCUACAGCCCCACAACCGGACCCACCUGCUGGCAUGUGGCACUGGGGCCUUCCAGCCCACCUGUGCCCUCAUCACAGUUGGGCAUCGUGGGGAGCACGUGCUCCACCUGGAGCCCAGCAGUGUGCAAAGUGGGCGGGGGCGGUGUCCACAUGAGCCCAGCAGUCCCUUCGCCAGCACCUUUGUAGGUGGGGAGCUGUACACGGGCCUCACGGCUGACUUCCUGGGGCGCGAGGCCAUGAUCUUCCGGACUGGGGGUCCCCGACCAGCUUUACGUUCUGACUCUGACCAGAACCUCCUUCACGACCCCCGGUUUGUGAUGGCCGCCCGGAUUGCCGACAACUCUGACCAGGAUGAUGACAAGGUGUACUUCUUCUUCUCGGAAACUGUGCCCUCGCCCGAUGGUGGCCCAGGCCGUGUCACGGUCAGCCGCGUGGGCCGUGUCUGCGUGAAUGACGCCGGUGGCCAGCGAGUGCUGGUGAACAAAUGGAGCACCUUUCUCAAGGCCAGGCUGGUGUGCUCAGUGCCUGGCCCUGGUGGUGCCGAGACCCACUUUGACCAGCUGGAGGAUGUGUUCCUGCUGUGGCCCAGCGCAGGGAAGACCCUUGAGGUGUACGCCCUGUUCAGCACAGUCAGUGCUGUGUUCCAGGGCUUUGCCGUCUGUGUGUACCACAUGGAGGAUAUCUGGGAGGUCUUCAGGGGACCCUUUGCCCACCAAGAUGGUCCCCAGCACCAGUGGGGACCCUAUGGGGGCAAGGUGCCCUUCCCUCGCCCUGGAGUGUGCCCCAGCAAGAUGACAGCGCAGCCAGGACGACCCUUUGGCAGCACCAAGAACUACCCAGAUGAGGUGCUGCAGUUUGCCCGAGCCCACCCACUUAUGUUCUGGCCCGUGCGGCCACAGCAGGGCCGCCCUGUCCUUGUCAAAACGCACCUGGCCCAGCAGUUGCGCCAGAUCGUGGUGGACCGCGUGGAGGCAGAGGACGGGACCUACGAUGUCAUCUUCCUGGGGACUGACUCGGGCUCCGUGCUCAAGGUCAUCGCCCUCCAGGGUGGGGCUUCCACUGAGUCCGAGGAGGUGGUUUUGGAGGAACUCCAGGUGUUUAAGGUGCCGACACCCAUCACUGAGAUGGAGAUCUCUGUCAAAAGGCAAAUGCUGUACGUGGGCUCGAGGUUGGGCGUGGCUCGGCUGCAGCUGCACCACUGUGAAACCUACGGCAGUGCCUGUGCUGAGUGCUGCCUUGCCCGGGACCCAUACUGUGCCUGGGACGGUGCCUCCUGUACCCGCUACCGGCCUGGCACCAGCAAGCGCCGGUUCCGCAGGCAGGACAUCCGGCAUGGCAACCCUGCCCUGCAGUGCCUGGGGGAGAGCCAGGAAGACGAGGCUACAGGCCCCGUGGCGGCCACCACAGUCUACGGCACGGAGCACAACAGCACCUUCCUGGAGUGCCUGCCCAAGUCUUCCCAGGCUGCUGUGCACUGGUUCUUGCAGAGGCCAGGGGGUCAGGGACCCGACCAGGUAAAGACAGAUGAGAGAGUCCUGCAAACAGAGCAGGGGCUGCUGUUCCGCAGACUCAGCCACCUGGAUGCGGGCAUCUACACCUGCAAGACACUGGAGCACGGCUUCUCCCAGACUGUGGUCCGCCUGGCUCUGGAGGUGAUUGUGGCCACACAGCUCAACGGCCUGUUUCCUCGGGAUCCAAGGCCAGAGGAGACCCCAGGCUGGGGAGGCCUGGCCUCCACCCCCUCCAAGGCCUGGUAUAAGGACAUCCUGCAGCUCAUCGGCUUCGCCAACCUGCCCCGGGUGGACGAGUACUGUGAGCGCGUGUGGUGCCCUUCCAGGAGCCGGGGCAAACAGGCCAAGGGCAAGAGCUGGGCAGGGCUGGAGCUGGGCAAGAAGGUGAAGAGCCGGGGGCAGACCGAGCGCAAUCGGACGCCCCGGGAGGUGGAGGCCACAUAG